CGUUUUUUUUUUGACUUUCACUGCCGGCCAAAAUAAUGUCGUACAUGGGCUCACUUGGCCCGGAGUUAUAAAUAAGAAUAAAGGCUCCCCCAAACCAACGCGAAUUAUUCGCAGCGGAUUCGUGACGGAAAGUUCGCAGUCGAAUUCCUGACGGAAUUCGUAAAGAACCUCAUAUUGAAGCGAAUAUAUUCGCGUCAUACUCGUAUGUGUCUAGUAUUGAGAAGAGUUGGUGACAACGAAAAACAAAGAAUACUACUCAGUGAUCUCAAUUCUUCACAAAAAUGUAUACAUCAUCAGAUGAAGAAGAAGCUCUUGUAAUGUUAGCAAUGGAGGACGACAAUUCAAGGAAAAGAAGAAAAUGGGUUCAUGAUAUCAAUCUAGAAAGACUGAAAUGUGGGGAAUAUCACACGCUGAUGCCUCAAUUACGAAAAGACGAUAAAAGAUGCUACAUUUAUUUUAGAAUGACAAUAGAUUGUUUCGAUGAACUGUUGCACCUUGUAGAAAAUGAUAUUAGAAAAUCAGACACGAAUUACCGAGAAGCUAUUUCUCCCGAAGAACGGUUGGCCAUAACAUUAAGGUAUCUGGCUACCGGAGAUACAUUUUAUACAAUAGGUCAUAGUUUUAGAGUCGGGUUUUCGACUGUAAGUGCCAUAGUUGUAGAAGUUUGUGAAGCUUUAUGUAGAAAUUUGCAACAUAUUAUUUACUUGCCCGAACCAACUACAGAAAUAUGGAAAAAAUCUGAAGAAGGUUUUAGAAAUACCUGGCGAUUCCCAAAUUGUAUUGGUAGCAUCGAUGAUCCACCAGAGCCUGAACUUGGAGCAUUUCAAAAUUUGGACAAUGACCCAAGGAGAGCUGCAAGACUGGCAUUUUCUGUUCGAGAAAAAUUUGCCACGUAUUUUAAUUCAGGACUAUGA